AUGGCUGAACGAGAUUAUGACGAGAGCAAUGAGGCCCUAGACCCCGAGCUUCUGUACACCAAAGAAUACUGCAUUGGUGGGGGAAGCUUUGGAAAAGUUUACAAAGGCGUUGAGAGGCGGAGCGGUCAAGCUGUCGCUAUCAAAGUCAUCGAUAUCGAGAGCGCCGAAGAUGAGGUCGAAGAUAUUAUACAAGAAAUUGCCAUUCUCUCCGAGCUUCAAUCACCAUACGUCACCAAAUACUACGGAUCAUAUGCGAAAGGUGCCGAGCUAUGGAUCGUGAUGGAAUACUGCUCCGGCGGGAGCUGCGCCGAUCUCAUGAAGCCUGGCAUGAUAGGAGAAGACUACAUUGCAAUAAUCAUAAGGGAGUUGCUCUUGGGCCUUGAUUACCUUCACGCAGAUAAGAAGCUUCACCGAGACAUUAAAGCGGCGAAUAUUUUACUCAGUUCCAAUGGUCAGGUGAAGCUGGCUGAUUUUGGCGUCUCUGGCCAGCUCUCCGCGACCAUGACAAAGAAGAAUACGUUCGUUGGUACUCCGUUUUGGAUGGCUCCUGAAGUCAUUAAACAGUCCGGAUACGAUCACAAGGCAGACAUCUGGUCGCUGGGAAUUACAGCUUUAGAACUUGCCAAUGGCGAGCCACCUUAUGCCGACAUCCACCCAAUGAAAGUUUUGUUCCUGAUCCCCAAAAAUGCUCCUCCUAGAUUAGAAGGAAACUUCACAAAAGCAUUCAAAGAUUUCAUCGAACUCUGUCUACAAAGAGACCCGAAAGAACGGCCGCUAAUUGAGCGUUAUAAUCGAUGGAGCGCAACCCAUAAGUCGGAGGAAGAGGAAACUGUGGAAGAACGAGAAGAUUCGGUUGAGCCAGAACGCGUUAAUGAGGAUAUGUGGGAUUUUGGCACUGUCCGACUAGUGAGCGGCCGAGGAGGAAUAGUUAACCGACCUGACUAUGGUGAGAGCCCCAGGGGAUCAUCACCGACGAAAAUUCAAGCCCAAGACUUCGCCAAUUCCUCCGUAACCAGCACAUUGAAGGCUGCAAACGCCCCGCUAUUAGGGACGUCCCGGCAAUCUUCGCCUCAGCGGAAACCUGUCCCGGUCGUGACACCCGUAUCACCUUCAAAAAUUCCAUUACCUCCUUCACCACAGAAAUACGCACAAGAUCCCAGUACUCCACGGCCUUCGAGGCCCACGCCUAAUACCAGCAUGAUAUCAGCCGAUUAUGAUCGGGCACUGAAGGAUCAAAUACAGCAAGAUAUGGGCGCUCUCAGUAUUGCGCCUCCCCAAUCUCAAGUUACUCAUUCGCAACAGCCUAUAACUCCCAAGAAUUCUCAAGCCCAGCUGCAGCAGCAACGCGGAAUUCCUAGACCCAUCCCGUUUACACUUCCAGAAAUCCCUCCAUAUCGUGGACCUAGUGCGCAACAACAGCCUCCACGGGGAGUUAGCAAUCAGCAUUCUAACCCGGGCUCGCAAGCGUUUGCUUCAAAGGCACAGCCCAAGCAGCAGGCUCCUAUGCCAGACGCCUUCCCGCCUCCCGGCCCCACGAACCCGAAUGGCGAGCUGGACGCACUGAACGACGUUAUCUUCCCGGCUCUCGAGGAAGCCCUUAAGCGACGGCAGAUCCGGCUACAGCAGAUUUACCGCAACGAAAAAGGUUAUUACCCCGCAACGGCAGCGAGCCGAGGCGGCACACGACCGCAUCCGCAAGCACGUAGCGAGCCCGUGGGUAUGGGCAAGGAAGUCGGUACCUUCCUCGAGGGCCUUCUCGAAGAGAUCCUCGUUCGAGUCGAGCCACUGGAUGAAGAUGAAACAUAA